AUGCCGUCGAACACCUCCAAGCCUCUGAUCCCCGCCGAGGUCCUGAGAAAGCUCAGGACGGAUCCGCUGCUCGACGUUGACAACACCGUCAUCACCAGUGCAGAAUGGCACGCUGUCCGCCUCGCGCUCGUCGCGAACAAGCCUGGCGACAUGUCCACCGAGACGAUCGUUGUACUCCAAGGGACUUCGCCGUUUCAGACGCCAUUCAGAGCGGAGGACGGCAAGAAGUGGCUGCACUACGCGGCUGAGAGGGGAGACCCGUGCUGCGCGCUCGAGUUUAUCCACCUGGGCGCGACCAUCGAUGCAAAGGACAGUCGCGGGUACACGCCGCUUCGGCUGGGGAUGAACAUCAUGCUGGCAGGCUCGGAGGUCCUCGAAGGGAGGCGCUGCGGAGUGCAGUGGCUCGCCCCGACCCCGGACGAGGACCCGCGGUACGCAGAAACAAUGGUGCACAGAGUGAAAUGGGUCUGCCGGCUGCUGAUCGAGCAGCAUGCGGAUGUCAAUCAUACCCUCGCGUCCGACACUCGUAGUAUUCUCGAUUGCGCAUGCAUUGCACGGGACUGGGAACUGAUAGAGCUCUUGCUCAGGCACGGUGCCGAGCCGUGGAAACAGACCGCAGACGGUCGGAGGAUCGGCCGACUGGGAGGCAAAACCCUCGUCGAAUGUCAUGCAGCGGGAUCGAAGCCGUAUCCGCCCGAGUACCUCUGUCGUUGCGGCACAGGCAAGACGUACGGCAAGUGCUGCUCCAAGCGCGGAGUGGUUUUCGACGAAUACUGGGACGAGAAGAGCCAGUGGAUCGGCGGCUCGGAGACGAGAAAGAUAUUCUUGCACACAGACGGCUCCAUGGACUUAGACGACAUCGCACUACUGCAAGAGAACUUGCGGCUCAUAUCCACCAGAGAGAAUUCCGUGGACCUUGGGAUAGUAAACGCGCAGGACACAAGAUGUGUGAUCCGAAGGUAUCUAGAGAUAAUGAGAAAACAUCUCAGGGAGAUAGAGGCAGUAGUUGACCCCACGUUCUAUUAUGCCAUGACCAACACGGACUUUAUCCCCAUCCCCCAGGGACGGAGCGCCUCCAACACCCAGCAAGCGACAGAGAAAGCCAAAGAUUGGAACGGUCUCAUCGAUCGAUACAUAGAGCUGGGGACCGACCCGCGGCCCAGCCUUGAGAUCGAGCAAGCCGCGAAAAUCAACAACUAUUGCGGGGCCCUCCAUCGCAAGUGCGAGGGCGUCGCCUGCGGCAAACUCGAACGACGCGACCUGGAGAAGCUCAACCUAUGUUCCAAGUGCAAGACGGCUGUGUACUGCGGCCGGGAGUGUCAGGCCAGUGCGUGGAAGAGACACAAAUAUGCGUGCCAGGCUGGGGCUUCCGUGCAGCAGAUGCUGGCGUCGCAGGUGGCGGUACAGAAGUACAUGAUCCCGGCUAUGCAGCAGGCGGCGCAGGAGCAUGUGUACGGAGAAACGACUUCCACGUAG